AUGUCUUCGAUAGCCGCAUCCCUCGCGCAGUCUCUGCCGAAGCCAAAGUACACAGGCGAGGAUGAGGAACCUGCCUCGCGGUCGCGACAGCACGGCCCUCGCAUCGUCGGUCCCGGACAGCUUGACGAGACCCAGAUCGUGCUGAAGCGAUCGGGUCCUCCCCCGUACGGCCAACGAGCAGGAUGGCGGCCGCGGUCGGCCGAAGACUUUGGCGACGGCGGCGCCUUCCCCGAGAUCCCCGUCGCCCAGUACCCGCUCGACAUGGGCAAGAAGGGCGCGUCGAAGAGCAAUGCCCUAGCUCUCCAGGUCGACGGGGAGGGCAAGGUCAAAUACGAUGCUCUGGCGCGCCAGGGCCACACCGAGAACCGCAUCGUGCACGCCUCCUUCAAGGACCUGAUCCCGCUGCGGCAGCGCGCCGACGCUGGCGAGCUCAGUCUGGAGCGCCCCAGCCAGGAAGAGGUGGACGCCACGACGGAAAGGACAAAGAACGCGUUGGCGGCGCUCGUCAGCGGCGCCGUCGCCGCCCAGAAGCCCAAGAACGUCAACAUCGGGAACCGGAAGGAUCCGACUUUUGUGCGGUACACGCCCGGCAACCAGAUGGGCGACAACUCCAAGAAGCAGGACCGCAUCAUGAAGAUUGUCGAGCGCCAGAGGGACCCCAUGGAGCCGCCCAAGUUCAAGCACAAGAAGAUCCCCCGCGGGCCGCCGAGCCCCCCGCCGCCGGUGAUGCACUCGCCGCCCCGGAAACUGACGGCGGAGGACCAGGAGGCCUGGCGCAUCCCGCCGCCGGUCUCCAACUGGAAGAACCCCAAGGGCUAUACCGUGCCGCUGGACAAGCGCCUGGCGGCCGACGGGCGGGGGCUGCAGGACGUCGAGAUCAACGACAAGUUCGCGCAGUUCUCCGAGGCCCUGUUCAUGGCGGACAGGCACGCGCGCGAGGAGGUCAGGCAGCGGGCCCUCAUGCAGCAGAGGCUGGCGGAGAAGGAAAAGGCGCAGAAGGAGGACCACCUGCGCAUGCUGGCGCAAAAGGCGCGCGAGGACCGGGCCGGCGCGGGCCGGCGGCGGGACUCUGGCGGCUCGAGGUCGCGGUCGCGCAGCUACAGCGGCUCCGGCUCGGGCUCGGACAGCGAGGAGUCGGACGUCCGCGAGCGGGAGGCCGCCCGCCGGGAGAAGCGCAAGGAGGAGGAGCGCAAGCUGCGGCAGUCGAGGAUGGGCGCCGAGCGGCGGAUCCAGGUCAUGGCGCGCGAGCAGGACCGCGACAUCUCGGAGAAGAUCGCCCUGGGGCUGGCCAAGCCCACCCAGUCCUCGGAGGGCAUGUACGACUCGCGCCUCUUCAACCAGACGAGCGGCUUCGACGCCGGCUUCAACGAGGACAACCCCUACGACAAGCCCCUGUUCGCGGCGCAGGACGCCAUCAGCAGCAUCUACCGCCCGCGGGCCAACCAGGGCGACGACGGCGACGACGACGACGGCGCCGGCGAGGCCGAGAUGGCCAAGAUCCACAAGGCGAGCCGCUUCGGCGAGGUGCUCGGCCGGGGCACCUUCCAGGGCGCCGCCGACGUCGAGGCCCGCGAGGGCCCCGUCCAGUUCGAGAAGGAGUCUGGCGGCGGCGGCGGCGGCGGCGGUGCCGACCCCUUCAACGUGGACAAGUUCCUGUCCGAGGUGGAGGAGAGCUCGGCCUCGAAGCGCGGCUACGGGCUGCAGGAGGAGGAUUCGAGGCAGUCGAAACGGGCCAAGGUGGAUGACGACGAGGACUAA